AAAUUCGAAUAUGAAGGCGAUUUAUUGCUCUAAUUUUGGGUACCAGACCCGAGAGUCGGAUCUGAAGAGGCUGUUCGCCCGAUACGGAAAUGUUGUGCGAAUUGAUAUGGAAACAGGGUACUCCGUUGUCUAUUUCGAGGAUAAUAAUGAUGCGGAAAAGGCCGUCCAUGGUCUUAAUGGACACAUGCCAUCUGGGCCUGAGUUUAACGGAUGCAAAUUAGUAGUUCAAUGGGGCAAGAAUGACUGUGGUUCGCGUUCGCAUGGCAGUUCAGGAUCAAAUCAAAUACCGAACAGAACCCUUUAUGUGGCAAAUUUUGACCCUGAUCUUACCAAAUGUGAUGAUAUAAAAGCACACUUUGAGCCUUAUGGGAAGGUUCUUGGUGUACGUAUGCUUUCGGAUUAUGCUUUUGUGGACUUUGAAACACAGGAAAAUGCUACAAAAGCUCUGGAGUGCACCCAUCUGAGUACGCUAUUGGACAGACUUCUUUGUGUUGGGUAUGCUUUAAGGCAGGAUGAUAACGAAAAGGGUAGGUGCGAUGGUCCUCCAAAUUCAAGGGCCAUGAGUCCUGACCCUGUGCGAGCAAGUCCUGUGCGCGAUAUAGAAGGACAUGCCAGCUUCUAUAUUGGGAAGUGUUACCAGAUCUACUUGAAGGGAUACUUAUCUACUUGCAAGAUCUCUGUUCACACACAAACGGAAAUAUUGUACAUGUUUCUGAUCGUCACAAUAGUUAUAGGGGAUCAAUAUGUUUGAUCUAGUUAUCAGAUUUUGUUAUUUAUUUAGAUUUUGUUGCAAAUGUUUUUCUUCUGGUGACACUUUUGUCAGUUGGGGGGACUAAAGUCCUAUUGUGUAAUUACUAUGUGGGUUGGCAUUAUGAUGAUUUAGGAUCAAAUAGCAUUUUGGGGAUAAACUCUGAGCCUUUUGUAGAAGCUACGAAGUGCAGCAAGAUCUUAUUCCAGUCAACUUGCAAAGCCAAGAUCCCACCUUCACCCCUUAUAGGGCUUGGAUCUCACAGGAACAAUGUACUAGACACCAUAGACCAGACUGCCGAUGGUGACGGAAACGGCGAUGGCAGCAGCUCUGACGACGACGGAUCUGAUGAUGACGGUGGCGGUGACAGUGGAGAUGAUGGUGGGGUCGAAGGGAUCCACAACUUUGUGAAAGUUGUUACUCUUGAAAGCGAGGAGAUAGUUUUUACAGAUCGAGUCGCGUGCAAACUGUUUGGGGUGAAUCCAGAUUGCCGAGAUCAGGUAAUUAGUGUUCUGCUGCAAGCAAAUGACAGUGAAUAUGGAAGGUUGGGGAAUGAGUUUCGAGUAAGUGUUGUUGGUGAAGGGAGCUUUACUUAUGAAACAAUAGACGGUAGAGCUGUCCUCGUCGAAAGUGUAUGGAAGUAUAGAAUUUGGGAUAAGGUGGUGGCAGGAGAGGGACCAUGCAGGCCGUCAUGGCGCGAGGAAGUCCGUAGGCAUGUGAAUGUACGCAAAGCUACGAUAGCUGUUUUCGGAAAUCAGAAUGGACGAGUCAAUGUACUAUUUAUAGUAGCAUGAUUGUUCACCAUUGGAGAUUAUAUAGUUAGUGAUGAAGGUACAUGUGUUUGAGUGGUUUUGAGAUGAUUGAGUCUAACUUUUUUAGGUUUGAAUUUGUAGUGUUGAUUUACCUAAAUGUAAAGUCAUAAUAAGCUACGCAUUUCCAAAUCUACCGAUGGCGAAGAAAUCAUAUCUUCUCCCCGGUUGACCACAUUUGAUCGAAAACUCGUAUGUUCCCGAUUUUU